GAAUGUCAGCCGCAACAGCCUUUCUGGACCGCUUCCUUCAGAGCUGAGCAGUCUCGUGGCCCUUACAUCCCUAAACACGAGUGGCAACCAGUUCUCAGGAGCCAUCCCUUCCGCCCUCCAAGCCCUCAAGCUCCUUAACUUCCUGGACCUAAGUGGCAACUCUCUCAGUGGUAGCAUUCCAGACUUCCUGAGUGUGCUCACGUCCUUACAGAGGCUCAAUCUCAGCACCAACUCGCUUUCUGACACCCUCUCUGCAUCCCUGGGAGCUCUGGAAAAAUUGACGUGCCUUGACGUCAGCAGAAACCAGCUGUCUGGGCCCAUCCCAUCUGCCUUCGGAAGUCUGACCGUUCUCGUGCACAUGGACAUGAGUCGUAACGGCAUUUCAGACUCCAUUCCUACCAGCAUCGGUCGGCUCACAGCUCUCACCUCCCUGAACCUAAGCCGCUCAAGCCUCACAGGCCCCAUUCCUGAUUCCUUCACCUCGCUUUCCAACCUGAUUUUCCU